AUGCCACCACCAUCCUUCGCAUCUGGAUUCCACUACUACCAACGUUUUGGUACUUCUAAAGAACGUCCUGCUGGACCUUUAUUGAAUGUAUCACCCCAACGAAUGUGUUUCCCUAAUGAUUUUCCAGUUCGAUCUCAACCAUCCAUGACAACCUCAACAAGAAUAACAAAUAGAACGUCCAAGCAAUUAGCACCACCUGAUAUCAAGUUACUAUUACCUCCACCUUCACCACAUCUUUCAACACUCUUGUUGAUGAAUUCAAUGUGUUCUACAGACUCCACGGAUGGGCCAGAAGAAGGAUGGCAGGUGUCUCAUGCUGACCAAAAUUGUUCGAAAACAGUAAGAGCUGAAAUCGUGCGUAACACUCCCACCUCACGAUUACAAAUAGAAAAGAGUGGUUCUGAUCGAGAGGUGUCUCCUGUCCUCGAUGUGCCAAAUGUCAUUCUUCUUCGAGAAAGUUGUAGUCGUUAUUCAGAGUCGUCGACCACUUCUUCCAGUGGAGGUGGAGGUGGUGGUAUUUCGAAAUCACACAAAAUGAAACAAUUCACACCCAACAACAACUGUAAACACAACAAAACUGCUACAGCACCAUCAUUGUCUCACCAACCAACCUCAAUCACUUUUCACAAUCCACGAAAAACUCAUUAUGCCAAACGUAAACGAACCUGUAAUUCCAUCACCAAAGAAGAAUUACUCUCCGUGCUUCAUCUUUCACAAACACAAGCAUGUCAAGUUCUUGGAUGUAGUGUCUCGACGGUGAAACGACGAUUCUAUGAUUUGAAAGAUGAAAUUGGAAUUUCACAUUGGCCAAAAGAUUAUUUUGAAUUGGCCAUUCAUAAUAAGAAGGUUUUUCAAAAAAUUUAUCCCAUGUCGUUGAGUUUUAUAUUGAAUCCAGAACAAGAACAACAAUCAAUGGAAUAA